CGAAGUCAAUACGGAUCAAAACAAGGUAGUUGGCUUUGUUCCCUAGAGCAAAACUCGUGUCAAAACAAUCAAAAUUGAAGAGAUCAUUUGAGAUAACAGUGAAAUUUUUUGCAAUAACUGUUCUUUUGAUCUUUCCAUUCAAAUAUGGCGACAAGACGCAGCGAAAGACGAGUUACUCGUUCCACAAGUACUAAAACUGAAGCGGACACAGUGUCUGAAAUGAAAAACGAAUUGCAACAAACGGAAGUACGGUUUCGAAAAGCAUGUAAUCAAAUAAACCUGUUGAACAGAAAGAUGGAAAGUAUUCACAAACGCUAUAACUGUGCUAAAAAGAACAACCACCGUGUGUUUAGAUACAAACUGAGGUUGAGGCUAGCUGUGGUUGAAGGAUUGAGGAACAUGUACUACGAAUAUGCCAACAAGAAGGCAUCCAGGGUCGUAGAACUCCGCAGUGAGCUGUAUAACGAAAGUGUUGAGGUUGUGCAACAGGAAGACAGUGAGUUUGAAGAUUCGGAGAUGGAGGAUGGCACGGAAUGAGGAAACGAUAAGAUGUGAUAUCACUGUGAUCAUGCAGUAUUCAAAAUAUAGUGCUAUAAGCGGAAGCAGAAUACGUACAGCUGGAUAUCAUGAGGAGCUUGAUACGUCUGCUCUGCUGGAGUUCUUCGGCAAUAAAAAAGGCGAGGGCAUUCCAUGUGUGAACCAUUCUUUGCCUUUUAUGAAAGGCUUUGAUAGAGUAAAACACAUUGUAUUACAAACAAAUGAGAUCACAACUUUUAAAGUUUUUUUUCUUUAUAUGUUUAAUUUGUUGUAUUUGUUACAGCAUUAUAAUUGUUAGAUGAUUUUAUCAUGAAACCAAAUGAGGUUCCUGUCAUUUAAAUUCUUAAAGUGAUAUUUCAUCGUCCUGUUGAAGAGGUGAUUUGGAAUUUUAAUUCAUGUCAGAGUUGGCUGCAUUUUCAUUUUUGAUAACAAUUACUUGCUACAUCUUUUGUUAAAACUGGGCUGUGUUCUGUUUUGAAGUUGAAUCCUGUAAGGCUUCAUUUUAUCAUCACUUUUAAAAAUAGUGUUCAUUGAAAGAAACAGGAAUUACCAUAACACUUCAGAGAACUAUCACAGACCUUUAAACCACGUUAUGCAAUGGGUGUAGCCAUGCUAUUAUUAGCCACUGGAAAAUAUGAUGUCAUAUUUCCAAAUUAUGUCAUGUAUACUGUUAAAAGACCUUUUUUUGCUUGUUCUGAUUCGAAGUUAGGCCAAGAAUAACUUCUAUUAAACAUCUAAGAUUAUAAAACCUCACUCAUUUUAUUUUCUAUAUAAAACAUACUCACUUCAAAGUCCUAAAUAUCUAUUGCAAUAAAUUUGACAGAUAAUAUAUUAUUCUGAUCUCUGAAUGUGAUGAAAAUCAACGUUUUCUGAAUGCAAUUUCCCCUAAAACUUAACUCCACAUGAUAAAAGAGGCUGUUGUAUGAACCAGUUGAGGUAAAAAGUCUUUAAAUUUAUUUUUUUUACUCUUACAGGGUUCUCAAUAAGUUUCGGUUGAACCGUCUCAAAUAGUAAAGUAACCAACCAGCUUCUACUUAUUCUACUGAAAAUUCAUUUAGUUUUCCAAAUUUGAACCUGCCCUAUUGCCAUUUGAAAUGUCCAUUUUGGCCGGCAGCCGGUUCUUAUUGAGAACAUUGUCUUAAUUGGGAUUUUUUUUCUGAAGAUUGGGAAAAAUAUCUUAUAUUUUGCUUUUGGAAUGGGUCCGAUAGUCGGACCCAAGGGUAUUAUUGAAAAAGGCCUGUCUGAUGUUGUAGGGGUAAGAUAAAAAAAACGGGUGUACUCCUAUCCUUGAUUUAGUCUGUACUGUCCAGACUCUUCAUUUACAAAAUGCAGACACAAUAUUAUGUAUCAUUUUCUUCUGAUUUUUUAAGAAGGCAUGCAAAAAUGGUGCAUGGUUUUGACUUUCAUGAAGAUAUGAAGUUCUUGGAAUUGUUAAGUAUGAUAAAAUAAAUAUUGACUUCAUUGAGUGGGACAGGUCAUGUUGUCAACCUCGGUAGGCUCUGUUGAUCUUUGCUCUAACCUCAGACAGCUAUACUGUCUCCCUCAAGGAGGUCAAGAUUAUAUUUAUAUUAAAUAACAGUACCUAAAAAAAAAAGGUUAACACAAAUUGAAUGAAGAAACAGCACAUAAGACUUGGAGUUUAGUAUGAGCAGAAUUGUACAGAAUGAUUUUGUUGAAUUGUUGUUAAAAAUAGAAUCUGGUGCUAUAAUUGAUGGUGUAAUUAGUGUGUCAUCACCUGCAAUUAUGAAAGUAUAAUAAGUAUACGAAAAUAUAAACAGUCUUAAAAAUGUUUCAUAUCUCUAUAAAAAAUAGAUUUAAAGAUUGGUUCUGAUCAUUCUAGUAGUUUCUUGUAAAUAUAUCUUCUAUGUUUAAUUUUCUGACUGUUUUUAUCAUUUGAAAACAUGUUUAACAUCGUACAGUAUUUUUGUUAUAACGGUUUAAUCUUUUAGCUAGUUUCUUAGUACAUUUAUGUUAAAUUUGAUCAUGAACAUUACUGAGACUCUAUUACUGUAUAACAUUUUAUACUAUUACUGUAUAACGUUUUAUAUACUGGACUUAGGUUUUUGUUGUUGUUGUUUUUUAGUAUAAACAGCUGUAUAUGCAAACAUGUGAUGUUUUUUAACUUUUAAAGUAAAAAGGCUGUAUAUGCAAACAUGUCAUGUUAUGUAUUUUGAAGUAAAACGGCUGUAUAUGCGUACAUGUUAUGUGUUUUAAAGUUGUACAGCUGUAUAUGCUUUAUGUUACAUGUAUAUCUUUUAAAGUAAAUACAGCUGUAUAUGCAUACAUUUUUUGCAUUUCUAGUUAAAAUUCUGCAAGAGAUGCAUACAGGUUAUGUAUUAUUAAGUAAAAGCAGCUGUUAAUGGGUAAUUAAUCCUUUCAUUUUUUACUGAAACAAUGAUAUUACUGCCAUGAAAUUAUUCGUUUUGCAUUGGAUGAAUAUACUUUAUUUGAUUGAUUACUUAUUAUGCAUUUUCUUGAUGAAUAUUUAGGCCUAAGAGAUCAUUCAUUUGUUUCCAGCCCUUGUCUUUGUAAUGUCAAUGCCUGACUGACAUAUUUGAAAACCUCAACAGACAUAUCUCAAAAGCUCGACUGAAAUAUCUCAAAGGCUUGACUGACAUAUCUCAAAAGCUUGACUGACAUAUCUCAAAAGCUUGACUGAAAUAUCUCAAAAGCUUGACUGAAAUAUCUCAAAAGCUUGACUGAAAUAUCUCAAAAGCUUGACUGACAUAUCUCAAAAGCUUGACUGACAUAUCUCAAAAGCUUGACUGAAAUAUCUCAAAAGCUUGACUGACAUAUCUCAAAAGCUUGACUGAAAUAUCUCAAAAGCUUGACUAAAAUAUCUCAAAAGCUCGACUGACAUCUCAAAAGCUUGACUGACAUAUCUCAAAAGCUCGACUGACAUAUCUCAAAAGCUCGACUGAAAUAUCUCAAAAGCUUGACUGAAAUAUCUCAAAGGCUCGACUGACAUAUCUCAAAAGCUUGACUGACAUAUCUCAAAAGCUUGACUGACAUAUCUCAAAAGCUCGACUGAAAUAUCUCAAAAGCUUGACUGAAAUAUCUCAAAGGCUGAACUGACAUAACUCAAAAGCUUGACUGACAUAUCUCAAAAGCUCGACUGAAAUAUCCCAAAAGCUUGACUAAAAUAACUCAAAGGCUGAACUGACAUAACUCAAAAGCUUGACUGAAAUAUCCCAAAAGCUUGACUAAAAUAACUCAAAGGCUGAACUGACAUAACUCAAAAGCUUGACUGAAAUAUCCCAAAAGCUUGACUAAAAUAACUCAAAGGCUGAACUGACAUAUCUCAAAAGCUCGACUGAAAUAUCUCAAAAGCUUGACUGACAUAACUCAAAAGCUUGACUUAAAUAUUUCAAAGGCUCGGCUGACAUACCAUGAUGACUACACCUAGAAUCUUGAAUGUUCUUGGUGAGCUUGUUCAAAAGCAUUCUAUAUCAUGGAUCAAAUGACUAGAGUCACCAUGUUAAAUCAUAGAAUAGCCAUGUUUCGUCUGCCUAUUGUUCAGUAUGAAUAUGAAUAAAUGGUCAUGUGCAUGUGCAAGGCAUAAAGGGCAUUAGUUAGACAAUUUUGGUAAAUAAUCAUUUAGAGUUUAUUUUCUACAAAAUCUAAGUGAUCCCACAUGAACUUGUAAAUUAUUGAUGAAAUAUCCUAGCUAUGAUACUAAGGACAACAAUAAAGGGCAUUUAAGACAUCUUGGUAUCAAUAAACUAAUGGCUUAGUGGCUCAAUAUAAAGAAAUCAAUGGCACGACUGAGAUGUAAGUUGUUGCUGAAGAUAAGUCAGUAAAUAGAGGGGUAAAGAUCAGGCCCCAUUUUCUCAAAACAUUUAUGUCCCAUAUACGUGAUUUUACUAAACUUUCUGGUUUUGUUUUUGUAAAAUUACUUUAAAUCUCUUACUUUAAACAUUUUUGAGACUAAAACAUGAAGUUACACAAAUGUAUAUAAAGAUAUUGAUGAUAAAAUAUUUUUUGUUAUGAUAAUUCAAGUAGAAGUUGGUUGGAAUUGAAAAAGGGACUCUAGUGUGUUAUGCUUUAAAAGCUUCGAGAAGUUAGGGCCAUAAGUGGACAGAACCAUUGAAAAUUGUAAGUCGAGCGUUUAAGAAAGUAGAGAGCUCAAAACUUCCAAGAUUGUAUGAUCGACCUUAAGAUAAUUCCUUCUAUAAUCAUUGUCUAUCAAGAUUGCCUGUUCGAGAAAUAGAGAAGUUAUUUUUAACAUGUACGGUACAUACAAAAACUAAAAAAAUGUAUGGUAAAUGUUAUUGAAUAUGUUUUAUUUUAUAAGAAUUUUAAUUUCUCGUUUUCGAUGUUAAAGCACAGUUUUAGCUUCUUCUUUUUUCAUUUUAUCUGAAUUUUGAAUUUUAGUGUUGUUAACAAGGCUUUAUUUGCAAAAACUGUUUUCCCAACUAUAUCUUCUCUUUCCUAUUUUCUUUCUGUUGUUUUAUUGUUCAGAAAUCUUAUCGUUUCUAUGAUCAUUAUGAUAUUGAUGUGCACUUCUUCAAAUAAUAAUGUGACCAAAAGUUCACUGAUGUACAUUGAUUAAAUAUUUCAUUUGUGACAUGCCUUUGUGAGAAGCAAUGUUAUUAAACAAUGUCAAUUCA